UAUGUGUCGAUUUAUAUCAUCCGAUAUCUGAUAUGUGUGAACUUAUAUGUGAUACCUGAUGUGUUUCCAGAUUUCGCGGUGUGGAACAAGAGCAUCUCGCAGCGGUGGAGACGGCUGCGACGCCGGUGCUCCUCGUUCACAUCGUCGAGUUCAGCUGCCAGCCGAGCUGGAAGCGGUGCAGCCACAUCCGACCACAAAGAGAACCUGCUUCCGACGUCACCAGCGUCGCCCAGCGUCGUGGUGGCGUGCGAUCGGCGUCGUGAAGCGUCUCCGGACGCCGUGCAGCGUCGGCUGCUGCCAGAUUUCAACUGCAUCCUUAGGGCUAAACUGGGCCGCGUCCAGCGGAAGACUGUCCACGAGCCUGUCUUCUAUGUACCUUCGCCGCUAAACGAUUCGCCCGCCAGUCUGCCAUCUUUCACAUCCAGAGAUAGAGAGAGUCCUUGCUCAUCAGGCCGAGGCUCGGAGACGCCGAGCGAAGAGUGCAGCUCGUCGUCGGGUUCAGGGGUGCAGGCAGAGGGGGAGGAGUGGGACCAGGGCUACCAGAGCAUCGACAGCAAGAGCAGGAUGCACCUGUCCAGGGAGAGCUUGGCCGCCAGAGCAGACCACUGCUCCGCCUACGAAUACACCCAUCAUACCAAUCGACCUAAGAUGCGCUCUUGUCGGAGGUGGUCUCAAGCUGAUAGCUUGGCAAUUGAAGCGGCCACCCUGGCAGUGGUAGACUCACCAGCACCAGCUGCGGCUGUCAGCAGGGGCUUCGUGGUAGGGGCAGCUGUGACGUCACACCACCACCAGCAGCAGCGGCCUCCACACGGAUCGGGACCUCGUUCGAUUGUGCCGGGGCCAGGCCCUCCUCCACUCGCUGUGCCUCCUCUGCCGCGACACCGUAGUGUCUCACCCGACAAGAGACGACUUGGUCGCAGUAAUGGUGAUAUUGGCGCACCUAUGCCUCACUAUAAUAUAAAGGAGGAGGAUGAAGAGGAAGAGGAGAGUAAGUUCUGUACAUUGCCGAGGGGAGGAGGGAAAAACGCCACAUUCACAAUCAUGACGGUUCGGUUCAGCAAAGGGCCCGGCCAGAAAGGACUGGGCUUCAGCAUAGUGGGAGGUAGAGACAGUCCGAAAGGCAGCAUGGGCAUUUACGUGAAAACUGUUUUCCCUAACGGACAAGCUGCUGACAACAAAACUCUAAAAGAAGGUGAUGAAAUACUUGCCAUAAAUAAUAGAGCUUUGCACGGCAUGAGCCACCAAGAAGCAAUCAACAUGUUCAAAAACAUUAAGACUGGUGAUGUGGUUCUACAUGUGGGACGAAGAAUACCAAAGAGAGUUCGUGAUUCUUGUAUUAGACCUGUUUUAUAAAUAUUUGAGCGUACUGUAUGUGUAUUUUGUAAAUAAAAUAUAUAAUAAUCAUCCUCCACCUAAAUGAUGAAAAUGAACUCAUAAGCGUUCUCUUAGAACAUUAUACAAUAUUGGAGCGUAUGUGCUAAACGUGUUUGUAUCAAGUUUCAAGUUUAGACUAGUACUGUCUGAAUACUUGAGUGAACUCCAUCAUAAUUGGAAUUUAGUAACUUAUUUAAAUGUCUCCAAAAAUUGAUCCACUCUAAAGAUUAGUGUAGUCUAUUCCACAAAAUACAAGCAAAUGCUCAAGUACUGUAUUUAAAAAAUACUAGCCAAUAGACUACUCAAUAUGAAAAGAUAGCAAAUACCAGGUACUCAGUAUUUGAAAUUGUUUAAAACUUUGUAGCUCAUGGAGAUAGAGAAGUCAUCAAUGAUAUUCUACAGAAAAAUAUACUGGAUUGAAAAACUGUGAUAACUUGAAUAUGGGAUUGAACUUUUUAGGAGAAAUAUUAUGAUCAGCUUAUCAAUUUGUUAUGGUUGAUCCAAUCCAGUAUUAUUAAAGCCAGAAAAAAACUAUUAGUGAAUUUUUAUUAGCGGAUUGGCUAUAAUUUACUUUUUCUUAACAAAAUCAAUCAUGAUUCAUAGACUUAUUGAAUUAAGUCAUUUUCAAUCAGAGAACUCUACUCUAAAAUAUAGUGCAGUAGUAGCGGAAUGGUUCAUUUUCAUCUCAAAUGAUGGUACACAUUAUUUUUCAUUGUUAUGAUCAAACUAUCCAUAUUAUGCUAGUCAAUCAAAAUACAAUAUUAAUUAUAUAUUUUUUUCUAUAUUCUGCAACGGUUUGAACAGCAUUACAUUGAAUAUUAUUAUAUUGUAAUAAAAUAUUUCUGAAUCUAAUCAA